AGUCACACCCUCAUCGCCUCGCUCGCCAGCCACAGCGCACGGCCAGUUGGCCCACCUCGCACUUCCCACAUCGCCCUCUCUUCGCCUCGCAGCAGCGCACGCACGCCACCCGUCCACGCAAGCACAGAUCCGGCCACGCACGGCUUCGUCAGGAGCAGGCCUGACGACCCGCCCGCUUGCCUCUUCUCCACCAUUCCCACCACUCGCUCCUCCGCCGCCGCAGCGCACAGCCGGCUGCGCAGCGUCUCUGCCCACCUCACCCGCGACGCCAUGCCGUCUGCCUCUUCCUCCUCUUCCUCGGGCGCAUCGUCCUCGGCCAGCAAGGAUCCGUACGGCCCGUACGGCCCCUUCGGCGCCGCAUUUGAACUCAAGCCCGGCACGCAGCACUAUGAGUGGGGCAUGACGCGCGAGGAUGGUGCGCUGGUGGCCAAGCUGGCAAGCGCUAGUGAUCCGAAGGUGGAGAAGGCAAAGGAGGGCACCAAGUUUGCAGAGCUCUGGAUGGGCACGCAUCCGACUGUUCCCUCUUCCAUCAUCCCGCCACCAAACAGCCCAACACCACCAGACGGCUCCCCCAUUCAGCUCUCCUCCUACCUCGCCCGUCACCCCGCGCUGCUCGGCGCACGGCCGCGCUACUUCAAGCGUCCGGCCGGCGAGCUGCCGUUCUUGUUCAAGAUCCUCAGCGUCGGCAAGGCGCUCAGCAUCCAAGCGCAUCCCGACAAGGAGCUCGGCAAGAAGCUGCACGGCGAGAAGCCGGAUAGCUACAAGGACGACAACCACAAGCCAGAGAUGGCCAUCGCCCUGACCGACUUCGAAGGCUUCUGCGGCUUCCGGCCACUCUCUGAGAUGCACAAGUAUCUCGAUGCGGUGCCCGAGUUUGCACAGGUCGUCAAUGCGCCCGUCGCAUUCGUCUCCGAGCUGGCGUGGGCCAGCCAGCCAUCGUCGGGCACGACGGACGAGGAGACGCGCUCGUGGGUGCGCGGCAUCUUUGGGCGCCUGAUGCGUGCGCAGAGCACGACGUACAAGACGGCCGUCAUGCGUCUUGCCGCACGCUAUCGCCAAGCACUGGACGAUGGCAAGGCGUCCGAGCUGGAGGUCGAGGAGGACGUGGCGCGCCUCGUGGUGCGCCUCAACGAGCAGUACCCAGCAGACAUCGGCGUGCUCUGCACCUUCGUCCUCAACGUCGUCCACCUCUCGCCCGGCCAGGCCAUGUUCCUCGGCGCCAACGAGCCGCACGCCUACCUGCGCGGCGAGAUUGUCGAGUGCAUGGCUGCGUCCGACAAUGUCGUGCGCGCCGGCCUGACGCCCAAGGAGCGAGACGUAGAGACGCUCGUGGAGAUGCUCACGUACUCGACCGGCGGCGCGGAGAAGCAGCGCAUGAGCGCCACUGCCUACACGCCGGCUGAGGACAGCGCCAAUGCCGAGGCAUACGCUUCGCCGAAGGAGAAGGAAGACGGCACGCCAGACGUCCCGACGCUUCUGUACGACCCGCCCAUCGAGGAGUUCUCCGUUCUGCGCACCUGCCUGGCGCCCGGAGCAAGCGAGACGCAGAAGCCGCUCGACGGCCCUUCCAUCCUGCUCGUCACGCAAGGCGCCAACGCCAAGCUCAUCGCUCGCCCGCGUCCACUGCCGCAGGAGCAAGCGAACGGCUCGCGCAGCCGCAGCAACAGCGCGGCCAACGGCCACACGCUGGCGCCGGAUGCGCCGCGCGAGUUUGAGGUCAAGCAGCCCGGGCACACGUACUUCGUGGGCGCGGGCUGCGAGGUGGAGCUGCGCAACGAGGGAGACGAGGAGCUUGUCGUUUUCCGCGCGUUCGUCGAGGUGCCGGCGGACGAAUAGUCGCGGCCCCUCUCUCUUCCCUUCUAGUCACACACUUUCUCUGGCCGUCUUGUCCUCUUCUCUCUCCUAGUCUGGACACGCACCCCUUUUCCCUGUCACACACACACGCCUCACACAUACAAUCAGAGACCCUUUCUAGUG